AUGGAGUUCUGACCGCUGAGGCUGUGUCUAAGAGUGUGCGUCAGAGCGGGUGCUGUGUGAGCAGCAUCGGACAACAAUACUACCACCAUCACAUGCCCCUACAGAAUCGAAAUCUCACUGAUGUGUCACUUUUAAGCAAAUACAUCCAUCUUCAUAAACUGGAACUACAGAACAACAAAAUCAAAGACUUGUCCUGUGUGAGCCACAUGCCCUCUCUGGCCAUCCUGGACGCUUCCCACAAUGAGAUCUCAGAGUUCUUUGGAUUCCAGCCUCCUAAAAACCUGAAGGAGGUGAACUUUUCCCACAACCGCAUGACCGAAAUGAGGGAUCUAUCUGAGUUUUCAUCUUUAGCUCGACUCAAUUUGGACAAUAAUAACUUGAGUGAGAUUUGUGGACUGGAGCACUGUUUGAAACUCACCCACUUGAGUCUGGCCAACAACAAGAUCUCACGGAUCAGCUCAAUGGACAAUGCCCCUCUGUUUCAACUCAAUCUGAGUGGGAACAAGCUGACGAAGAUUGAAGGACUUGAGAACCAGUUAAAUCUGCAGAUACUGGACCUGUCUCACAACCAGAUCUCCAGUCUGUCCGGCCUGCAGAAGCUCCACGUGCUCUGCCUCCUCAACCUGGAGAAAAACACGAUCAGUGAAAUCCAGGAGUGCAGACACAUAUGUAAUCUUUUACUUCUGAGAGACUUGAAUUUACUACAAAACCCUGUGCAGGAACAACCAGACUAUAAACUGUCUGUCAUCUUCUUGCUUCAACAUUUAACUUCUCUGGAUCAAAGAGAUGUUUUACCAGAAGAGAAGGUUUCUGCGGUGAACAAGUAUGACCCUCCUCUGGAAGUGGUGGCUGCCAGGGACCACAUGAAACACCUGGUUUAUCAGAUGAAGCAGCCUCAGCAGCUCCAUGACAGUACGUUGCCCGGUGUGGACAGCCCGUACCCGAUGCUGGUUCUGACCGGACCUCAGUGCUGUGGGAAGAGGGAGCUGGCUCACAGACUGUGUCAGGAGCUCAGUGAAUAUUUUGCCUAUGGAAUCUGCCACACCACUAGGGGUCCCUACUUUGGAGAAGAGGAUGGAGUCGACUACCAUUUUGUCACAGAGGAAGACUUUCAGAACAUGAUAAAUAUGGGUAAGUUUAUCCAGACCGUGGAGUAUGCAGGUCACAGGUACGGCCUCACCAGAGACGCAGUGGAGGAGGUGGCCAGAGAAGGACUGGCCUGCUGCGUGCACAUGGAGCUGGAGGGCAUCUGUAGUCUCAAGGACAGUCACUUUGAGCCUCGCUACAUCCUGCUGAUUCCGACCCAAGUGGACCAGUACAUCUGUCACCUGAAGAACCGCGACCUGUACUCUCCCGCACAGAUCGACCGGGCCGUGUCUCGCAUAGAGAUGUACGCACACACCCACAGACUGCACCCAGGCUUCUUCGAUAACGUCAUCGCCUCUGACGACUGGGAUGAGGCCUAUCAGACGUUGAAGCAGGUGGUGAAGGGAUACCUGGUCGUGGAGGAGCCUGGGAGAGAGGAGACUGCUCAGCAAACAGAGAUGGAGCAGGAGCAGCCCACAGAUGGGGAGAGACUCUCAGUGACAGUGGGCUCUUCUGUCUCUCCCUUGGCUCUGGACCCCACACUCCUGUCCCACAGACACUACUACACCCACAUCCAGCACCAGCUCUGCCCCCAAAAGACCCCCGCUGAGCUCGUUUCUUUGAGGAGACGUGAGCGUUUGCUGAGAGAGGCCAUCGUGGGGAAGAGUCCAGCCGUCUUCAGUCAUCUCUUCAGAAGCUCCACGGAGACAGGAGCAUCAUCCCUGCAGAAUCACAACCCGAGCAUGCACUUAAGUGGAGAUAGCAGCAGUAGUUCAGAUGAGUCCCGGUGCAGCUCGGUCCUGUCAGUGUCCAGUUCGGCGGGGGGGGCCCUGUCAGCGUUGGAGCCUGUCGACAGCUCUGUGCAGGGACCCGCUCUGGAGACCAGCAAAGACCUGUCCUCCAGUCCAGAGCCUCCACAUCCUGGCACCGACCCCGUCACCUCCGAGAGACGCCCCGGCUCCAACAUGAAGACCGUCCUGCCCCCCAUCCCCCCCGGGCGCAGGACCCCCCUCGCCCCUAGCCCCGCCCCCAGCCCCGCCCCCUCCAACAGCCACAGUCCAGUACCUAGAGACCCAGAGGAGGAGGAGAACAGGGAGGGGCAGCUCAGCAGUUAA